UGGCAACGUUCUUUCAUGUUAUUUCAUAGUGUCAGUUCGCUUUGUGACCAGUGGUUUUAACCUAAACGCAGUGAUUUCUUAGUGAUCAGGAGGUUACGCUGCAUAAGUGUGAUUAGAAUUGAAAGGAGUUAUCACAAAUUAGAAGGCAUCCUCGCAGCCGUUCUGUCGGCAGUAAUGGGAACAAAAGACCCGGACCAAAUAUCCACAAUGGCAAAACAGGCAGGUGAGUUUAUUAACAUCGUAGUCAACCUCCUCGACGCCCUCAAAACGUCUUUCAGCCAUCGGUCUUUGGCCGCCCGAUCGAUCGGAAAGAAGGAUUCCGUGUCAGAAGCAGCCGUAGCCAGUCUUUCACUAUUAAAAGGAUACAUGAGGUCUAUGAACACAAUCGACGAAAAGUGUAUGCAGAGAUACAUCUGUGACGCUAACAAAGAAUGUUCAACUGACUUGUACGGAUCUAGUGCCAUUUACUGUCAAUUAGGAACCUAUGCUACGAGUCUGCUGAUGCAGAAGACCAACGCCCUGCCGUUCAACAGCAUAUACAGCGCAGGGAAGCGAGGCCGACUUGGCGAAGACUGUCGCGCGGUUUACGAGUGCAUGAACUGAGCUAGCUCAUCUGAACGUGCCGUCGCCAACGAUUUCUCGACUGUUAAGCUAUCGCGUAUCCUAGUCUAGCGCCAGCGUUGUCCAGCCACCGGAUGUUAAUUGAGUCAAUGAAGAAGCGUGCCGGAAAUCAAAUUUCGUGCUGCGAAAGACCGGAACAGCUUUAUUCUAUCAAAUCCCACUGACGAAUCCUCGCCUAGUGGUUCAUUUCACUCAGGAAACCUUACUCGAUGGAAAAUCAUCCCACAUUUCACGGGUUUAGCUGGAUCCUGUGUAAAAAACGAGGAGGUGUCAGCAGAGAUUUUUCGUCCAAUACUUUUAGAUUUCAUGCGGAAGUAUUCUAAAAUAUUCAAAUUCGACAGCUUGACUGAUUUGAUUGAUGAAACUUCAGUGUUCUUGAUUGAAUCUAGUUAUCCUUUUCAAUGCCUAUGAAGCAGUCAAAAUGCAAAUCUGCAACACUUUAUUGCAUGAUUUCGGUGAAAAUGACAGUUUCGCGGUGCUAAAAUUUCACAAACUGCGCCGAAAAUUUCAAAAUAGGUCGGAAUCAUCCCUAGAGGCAAGAUCCUCGAAGUCAGAAAUUUGAUAGAAAUUCUUACGAUCCCGGUAAUUUCCGGUUUGGUUCUCAUUGAUUCAAUUUUGACGUGUGGCGGCAUUCGCAACGUUUCCGAACAUCUGGCAACGCUGCCGAAGGCUUAUCACAGCUCGCUUCUGAUCUCAUGAUUUGACUAAAAAACACAACUGGCGUGGAGAGCUAUUCUUACGUAACCUUGGCCCCAAAUAGGAUGUUCUUUACGCAAAGUUUAAACCUAUUUGUAGAUUGUAGCCAUAAAGUUUGUAAAAAAAAUGUCAAAUUUACUCAAUUCCAAGUAAACGGCUGAGAUAUCACGUAAUUUGACCCUUGGAAGGGGUCAAAGGUUACGAGAGAAUGACAGAAAAUGAGAGAGGUGUGUGCACUCACGUGGAUUUUCUUCCUUUUUCCUUCUUUAAAAUUGAUCAUUGUCCAACAUCAUUCGAACAGUCUCCUCAUCGUCAUUUUAUAUCAGUAGCUAUAUUUAAAUGCUCUUUAUAUAAUGCCAAAAGCAUCAGCCUUUCACUUUUGUUAAAUUUUUGCUUUAUUUUUCAAAUUUAAAUUGUUUUCGAAGAGAGAAAUUUUUCGAUUCCCGGAAUCACACACCUCUCCAACGUCUUAAAGCUCUGUCAGGAAGAAGGUUCUUUGAAAAAAAUGUUUGAGACGGACACGAAUCUGGCCAAAACAGCUUAUUCCGAAACUGAGAAAUUACAAAAAAGUAUUUUUUUUUAAUCUUAAAGUUUUCGGAGCGAAAAGCUCGGUGCAACUAUGUAACAAUACCUUUUUCAUAUUUUCUGGGAACUAUUCAAGAAUCAAACCUUGUAAAAUAAUAAAAUAUGGCUAAAUUUUGAUUGACCACGCCUUCCAGAGAAGUCAUCUCUUUUUUACUGAGAACAUGUCUUGAAAAUAUGAAUCAGGGUGGACACCACCAAGUUUUGCCAGUAUCCAGUCAUGAUGGAAAAUUGUAAACAAAAUUUACUAGCGCCUGAGAAAUUUGUCAAUACUACAUUCAUUAUUUAACUCCUUGGUUGUAAUGGAGGAAAUGUUUCGGUACUAUUUUGAGCUGUAACAUUCCAUAAGCGAGAGUGAUUUUUACUCGUAAACUAUUUAUUUUACUUAUCACGACUUCACCACCCCACGAUCAUCGCUCAUCCCUCAUCAUCCUCAUCAUCAUCACUUUCAUCAUCACUGUGUCAUCAUCAUUUUCAUCGACAACCGUUCUUAAUUUAUUAUCAUUAUUUAUUGAAUAUUUAUUUUUAGUUUAUUGAAUUGUUUGUUCAACGAAACUUGGACCAGACACGACUUGUUACUGAGAAUGUUCUUGCAAGGGCCACUAGAGGAUUUGUUUUUGAAUAAGGUAUUUUAUCAAGUUUGAAGAUAAAUUAAUCAGUCAUCUGCUCUAUAUAAAGCUGAUUGCUGCUGGCUUUGAGCUUGGUGAAGAAAAAAAAACUAGUUUGAUAUUUUUUUACUUGCUUUUAAAAAGCGGCAACAUUGGGUUGAAAAUAAGUUUAAAUACAAUAAUGGAAUGUAAAUCAAACUUAUAACCUCCCAAAACUAAUUCAAAGCCAACUUUUUCCUGAAUUUUUGUGCUUUGGUGGUCAGCAGGACGUAUUGAUGAAAAUGCUAUACCAAAUGUCAAAUCCUCUCUAAUUUGGAUUUUUAAAACAUUACUAUUAAUUGUACCGGUCCUCUUAAGUUCCAUUCCUUCUGCGUUUCCAUCAAACCGAAUCCAUAAAUGGCAAGUUGCAGUAAGGUAAAGCCAUAUCAAAAAUUUGUGCUAUCGUGGAAUAUAGCAGUUCACUUAGUCAUUAGAAUAGUGUAAACUACAAUGAGGGGGGCAUGUAAACACUAAAAUUUCUCAUAAAAUGUCCACUCAAAGAUUUCGCGUUCGACUGAAAUUUAUGCAUUUUUCGUUUUGGAAGAAAUCGAAAAGAGAAGCAAAAAUUCAAUCUCGAUUCAAAAAUUGUUUUGCUCAUCUAAGACAACAAAAAAGAUUUAGAAUAGAAGAUCAUGUUGGUAAUAAGCAAAUUACACUGUACUCUGCAUUCAAAGUGUAUGAGUUACGUCGGAUUGCUCUUAAUUGUUUGAGCACAGGUCUAUUAAUGGACUUUUGAUGCCUGCAUGCUUCCUUUGCUCCAUUUCGUAUACAGUUCAUUAACGAUGAAAUGAAAAAGUAUGUAUUCAAUAACUAGGCCUUCAGCCAUAGGAAUUGUGCCUAAAUUUUUGCAGCCUUAAACAAACUAGGCAGCGGUGAGUCAACAUUGCAUUUUAGUCUAUCAUAAAUAUUUUUUGAUAUUCCUCCAGAAAUCAUUUUACACGCCUGACAGCCACAGAGCACAUCCUCCUGGGGUGGCACUGGUGUUUGAGCUGACGCAAGGCGACCUUUCAUGUUCAGCAUGACGAAUAAUUGCAACCGAAACUUAACAUAUAUAAGAGCUUUAAAAUUCUAUUAGACAUUUCAUCUGUUCAGUGUAUGAAUGAGAAAUUACAUUUAACCCAGUGUCAUGUCUCUUGUUUGCCUUCACGUAAAAAGCUUGGGUCUUGAUUGAUAGCUUAUACCAAAGAUUAGUUUUAGUUAAUUAGGUUUCUCAGGAAUUUUCACCCAAACAGUAAAAUCUUCAAAACAUGUAUAAAACAAAAUUUAUUCCGAAAGACAUCGCUCCCCCCGAAUAGGAAAAAAAUAACCCAUGCAUUAAACUACGCGCAUAAAGCUAUUUUUUAUCUCUUCAAAAUUUACUUGCCUGCUUGCCUGAAGAUUAUUCCUCAACAAGUAUUUCAUAUAUUGCCGUAAUUCCAAACAUUUUGUCCAUCUGAGAUCAGAUGGAUACUGAUGAAGAACUCCAAGCCCAAAAUAAAUUUAGCAAAACUGCAGUAGGUAUUUCGAUACUUUUGGGUGAAAAAAUGGUUAAAUCUAGGUUUUGUUGCUUAUUGUUUCUUUCUACCGCCCAAAAUGAUGUAGCAGUUACUUUAGAAACAUUCCUUACAUUCUGUGUGUCCAAAAAUUGAUUGAUCUGAAUAAUCUUUCACUGAUCCUCCAAAAAUGUAACGCAGGAUUUUUAAUUUCUUUUUUUAUAGUUUGGAGACUCUUUUGUUGGUAUCCGAAAAGUCAUAACUUUUUUACUGCCACAGAACAACCUAUUGACAACAUUUUUGUGAGAAAGUAUGUAAUUGACUGGUCAUCCGUUUUCCGCAAAAUCGUGAAUAUUUUGAUUACACUGCCUUUGAAAAUUGUUGAUAUCUAGGCAAAUAUGCGAUUUCUCGCCAUACACACAUCUGACAUUAUUUUGAAUACUUAAACUCAAAUUGACAAGUAUCGAAGACAAUGCAGCGCAACAAAUCUUAGAUUUAAACAUUACUUACAUUUAGGCUAGUUUGUAAGACUUAGAGUAAGCAGCAAAUUGGGAAGUGUUUCAAAAAGCGCCGGAAAUGGAAAAGAUAAUAAAAUGAUAAAUUUAUUUUACAAAAUUUAAUAGUUCAAGACAGCAACGAGACCUCUGACUUUUUCUCCUCUCCCCCAAAAUCGUUUGUUUGUACGUAUUCUUUAGAUAAUGUAGAGCUUUUUGGUUUAAUUUAUAAAAAAACAUUCAACGCAUUGUUACCUAGUUCCACUAGGAAAUAGGUAGUCAUUGCCUUAUCAAAUACACCACGUAUUUUGCGUGAGGACUUUCAAAGUCAACACUUUUCGUCAAAAUUGAGAGGAUUGAAAUAAAAUAAAAUACAAAUUAAAAAAUUAUACGAUUUGCUAUUUCUUCUUUAACAAAGAGGAAAACAAAUUCAAUUUAACGCGUUCGUAAUUUUUUCUUCUUACAUGUUAUCAAACUACAAUGUCUACUCUCGACGUCUAAAAAUGUUAUUCUGACAAAACUAUUUGUGCGCGAAUUAGUUUUGAUCAACGGUGGUGUGGUAUAAUAUUAAUAAUGGCUCCACCAACACGAUCCCAGUUUGCGUAAUAGGAUAGACCAAAGGCAGUGAUUCGGAGAGUCAAAAUCAAGAAAACCCUCUUCCAAAUACAUUUCAAUAAUUACAAAAUUUAUCCAUUUUCACCACUUACAACUAAUCGGUACAAUUUUCAUGAGAUUACUUUUCUAUACAUUACUAAGUUGAUGUAUACAUUAGAUAGAUUGGCCGAGUAAUUAAAAUAAACAGAUUUCAGCAAAAGAAAUCCAGUUAUGUAACUCUCCGAACCUGAUAAUUAGAAUAAGUAAUUUUACACAUCAAGACUGAGCCAUUUUUACUGAAGGUUUAUACGUCAACGUCAGAUAAACUGAUUUCUGGAGGCAAUAAAUACACAUCAUAUAUACACUUCAUACUCCAUUUACAAGGAGUAUGUCCUUUAAUUGCAAAAUUAAAUCAUCUACCUAAAUUGAAAGUGCCUUUGUAAAUUUUGGUACGUAAUAUCAUAACAAAAUAAUGAUAAAAGUGUGCUUGUCAACUUGUUUUAAACUUUAUAAUGUUUCGUUUAUAAAUUUAUCAAAACAUGAACUGUAUACGGCUUAAGUUUUGUAAGAUAAAAGGAAAUUGAACGUGAUUUCGAAAUAAUUUGUGUUCUUAUAGGAAAUACUAAAAGAAAAAAAAAUCAUUACCUUGUUCAGACGCAUGACAGAAUUAUAUACCCAUAGAUAUGAACUGUAAAAUUGCCUUGCAUGAACAACAAAUUCUCACCUCACUGACGAAAUCAAACUGACUGUUAAAUGUUUUUACUUGUAGGUAGAAUCUACAAUUAACUUUGUAUAAUAUGUAAUAAGACCCCCCUCAACUAGGAAAUUUUCAAAUAAAUUCUAUUAUGAAACUAUAA